AUGAGCACAUUUUAAAGACCAACUUCAUCAAGAAAGAAUACCAAUACAUUACCACCUUAAUAGGGUGACUUAGAAGAAUACAUCUAAAUCUUAUUUGAUCAUUAAAAGAGUUGUGAGAAGGCUGGCAAAUAUCUAGAGGCUGAUUAAGCUAAAAAGAGACUGGCUGAACUUAAAAAAGAACUAGACUAGAAAAAUAAAGUGGAUGUCAAAGAUAGACAUUGUUCUGAAAAAUAAGAAAUCGAAAAGGCUCACCUUGAUGAAUUUAAUCAAUUUAAUACAUUCUGGGAUGAGAAAAUGAUUGAAUUUGAUCAGGAAGCUCAAAAGGUUAAAGAAUAAACACUUCAAAGACAUGAGGAUGAGCUAAGAUAAUUUUCAGAAGAACUUGAAAAUUCUAUUCCAGUCAAGCCAAAAGACUCAGCUGAAUUACUAGCUUUAAGGAAGACAGAAGAACAAUUGGCCAAAUAAGAAAAUUAUAUGGAAGCCCAUUUAAUCUAGCAAAAAAUCUUAAACCAAGAAAGAGAUGAAUUAGAGAAAUGGACAGUAGGAAGACAAUAAAAAAUAAGGAAUCUUAUUACUCAACUUAGAUAAAAACAGAUUAAUGAAUUGAAUGCUCUUACUCAAAGAAUUUUAAGCGGAUAAGAAGAACAAAGAAAAAUCAGAUCCUAAGAAUUGGAAAAAUUAUUAUAAAAAUACUAAAAUGUUAGGAAGGAAUUAGAAAGUCAGCAAGUUCAAGAGAUUACUAGAUUAGACAAAUCAUGCAAAACCUAAUCCAUCAUGCAAUAAUCUAGGAUGAAUUAAUCAAGAAUGUAGUAAAGUUAUGCCAAGGAUGAAAACUAAUAUAUCCGAUGA